ACUUGAAUUUUUUUAUCAAUGUCAAAAUUUCAAAAACUUGGGUUUCGAAGUUCGAAUUCAAAACCAAAAUAAAUAAAGCAACUCGAAUUUCUGUCAAAUUUCGAAUAAUUUAUCGUUAACCUACGUCGUAUUCUCGUAUUUUUAUACACCGGAGUAUUCACGUUGUAAUUCCGUUGAAAUUGUGCAUCAACUAUGGAGUAAACAUGUGCAAUCAUUGCGCACAAAACCUUUAAAAUACACUGACUAAUCAAUGAAUUCAUCAACGUAUAGUCUUCUGCACCAUGGAAAAAGACAUCGAAAAGUCGGUUGAAGAGGAAACCCUUCAAAUGAACGAAACGUCCGCACCUGAAAGUAAAGAAGAAUCUGAUACGAGCCAAGUUAACGAGCCAUCCAAUGAUGAAGUCCCCAAAGAUGAUAACGAUGCGGAAAACCCCGUCGAGGUUGAAAAUACCGUUAAUACGGAAGCGCUUGAAAUUGAAGAACUUACGUCGUACAUUCAAGAAUUGAAUUCGAAACUUUCGCGCAAAGAAAGUAUUCGUCACAAGAAUCAGACCGUAGAUUACACAGAAAGCACCAAAUCGAAUAAGGAUUCUAGUUUACGUAAAAACCGAGCGUUUGUUCGUAAGCUGAAAACAUUCACCGAAUCUCAGUUAGACAGUUUACUAUCUGAAAUGGCUACUUUGAAUAUUGAGAAAUACAUAAGCGAAAUAGCCGGUGCUUUAGUCGAGGCUAAGCUUAAAAUAUCUGAUAUACCAGCUGUCGUCAAUUUGUGUUCAAGCAUACACGAAAACUAUCCGGAAUUUUCCAAGAUCUUUUACGAAUGUUGGCAAAAAUUACUCGUGGUGAAAAAAGACGAAAAAAUCGCUAAUCCGAGUAAACUUCGUGUUGAUCUGCGCUUCUACAGCGAUCUAAUAUCCUACGGCAUAUUCCCUCAAAAAGACGCUUUGCCUUUACUCGGCAAUGUUUUGACUAGUUUGAUAUCGAUCGACAAAGAAGAACAUAACUACAGUUCGAUCAUACUAAGCUUUUGCAAACAUUGCGGAGACGAUUACGCCGGUUUGGUGCCUCGAAGAAUACGCGAAUUAUCUGAAAAAUAUAAAAUGGAAAUACCUCGCUGUAAAAUUCUAUCAGCGGAGAAACAAAAAACCGUCAAAUCUUUAUUAGUCGAUUACUACACUUCGUUGUGUAUCAGUUUGAACAAGGAACACAAAGAUUUACGCAUGUAUGAAAAACAAAAUAAACAAAUUUUGCAAACCAAAGGUGAACUGAGUAACGACCGUAAAGAAAAGCUAGAAACUAUGCAAGUGUCCGUUCAAAAGCUUUUAACAGUGGUGCAAAAUUUCGCCGAAAUAUUAGACGAAGAUAUGCCAGUGCUACAGAGUGAAAAAGAAAGCAAAGUGACGGACGAAAUGACUCUGACUGAAGAAUGCAUGGACAUGGGUCCUGCCGUUAGUAUUUGGGACGAUGAAGAAACGCAGAAAUUCUACGAGAAGAUGCCUGACGUGAAAGAAUUUUUACCUCAAAGUAAGAAGGAGGCCGACGCUGCUAAAGAAGCUGUUGAAGCCCCACCUGAAGAAAUGUCCGAUGAAAAACUCGACGAAGAAUUCGAAAAAGACGACGUUGUUGAAGAAGAUAAAUCAGCCGAGGUUGAUGCCGGCGAAGACGAAGCCGGUGUGAAUUCCAAUUCGAAAACGCAAUUGGAAACGUUUCUCAAUCAUUUACCCAAUUGUAUCAACAAAGAGAUGAUCGAUAACGCUGCCAUUGAGUUUUUGAUGACUCAUAAUAACAAAAAUUAUCGUAAAAAGUUAGUCAAAGCAUUGUUCAACGUUCCUCGUACCAGAUUGGAUUUAUUACCGCUGUAUUCUCGUUUGGUUGCUAUUUUACACCCGGUUAUGCCUGACGUCGCUAAUGACUUGGUUCAUUUGUUGAAAAAUGAUUUCAAACAUCACUUCCGUAUCAAAGAUCAAAUUAACAUCGAGACGAAAAUCAAAGUAAUUCGAUUCAUCGGAGAAUUAGUCAAAUUCCACAUGUACCCCAAAUACGAAGGAUUACAUUGUUUGAAGCUGCUGCUGAAUGAUUUCACCCAUCAUCACAUCGAAAUGGCUUGCAAUCUGUUAGAAUGCGCCGGCAGAUUCUUCUACCGUCACGUGGAAACUCGGCAACGUACCAAAGUCUAUCUGGAGCAAAUGAUGCGCAAGAAAUGUGUCAAGAAUCUAGACAAUCGUUAUGUUACGAUGAUCGAGAACGCCUAUUACUACGUAAAUCCACCCGAAACUGUUUCGCGACCUGUAGUCCAGUUACCAACGUUACAUCAGUUCAUACAGAAAAUAUUGUACCAGGACUUGAAUCCCAACGACGAUGUCGAAACUAAAGUUUUGAACCUGAUGCGAAAACUCAAUUGGAAAGAUAAAACCACUUCAGAUUUUGCCAUCAAAUGUUUAACUCACGCUUGGAACGUCAAGUAUCAGAAUAUUCGUUGUUUAGCCAACUUACUGGCUGGUUUGGUUGAAUAUCAAGAAUUUGUUGGCACCAGAGUAGUCGAUGGAGUUCUAGAAGAUAUUCGUCUCGGUUUAGAGUGGAAUAAUCCUCGUAUGAACCAAAGAAGAAUUGCUAUGGUCAAAUACUUCGGUGAAUUGUAUAAUUAUCGAAUGGUAGAGAGCAAGGAUGUAUUCACAUGUUUAUAUUCUCUGAUUACCUUCGGUGUAUCGACCCCUCUGGACCCUCCUGGAAAUACAUUCCGUAUACGAUUAGUCUGCGUACUACUAGAAACAUGUGGACAGUAUUUCAAUCACGGUUUGAGUAAAACUAAGCUGGACUGUUUCUUCACCUAUUUUCAACAUUAUUACUGGUUGAAGCAUUCGGAGCCUAUUUGGACUGCUGAUAAUAAAUUUCCGGUUCAGAUUGAGUAUAUGGUACGAGAUAUUCUGACCGGUUUACGACCUCAAGUAAAAUUAUCCAAAAGUUUCGAAGAAGCUGAAGAAAAUGUAAACGAUCUGCGGAAAAAAUUGAUCGCCAAGUGGGAACCUUUCAUUAAACAAACGAAAAAAGAAGUCGAAGGACAGCUAUCCACAAUCAUGGAAACUGACACCGAAGCUAAAGAAUCCGACAGCGCUAAAGAAGAACCCGACGAAGGUGAUAAUGCGGAAGAAAACGAAUGCGACGAAUUUGACGAAGAUGAAGAAGACGACGAGGAAUACGAAGACGAUGGUGAAAACGUUCACGAAAUGAUGUACCGAGAACCGGUUCGUGAACGUAGAAUAGAUCUCGAAGACGAAGAAUUUGCCGAAGCUUUCGAUAAAAUGGUCUCCGAAGAUGUUCAAGAUAGAUUACGCGAAACCGUUAGGCCUCAACAGAUGGAUAUAUCUGUGCCGUACAACGUGCGUAAUACGUUUAAAAAAAAUUACGAGCAGUUGCAAAGUGCACCCGACGAAUCGCAAAAAUCCAGCGUCAAUUUCGUCGUACUGCUGCGUAAAGGAAACAAACAGCAGUAUAAAAAUCUGGAAAUACCUUUGGAUUCGGAUCUGGCUAAAAAUCUCAAAUCUCAAGAGCAAGCUGAAAAAGUUGAGUUGGAAAAAGUAAAACGCCUAACUUUGGAUAUCAACGAACGCCUGGAAGAAGAAGAUUAUCAAGAUCAAAUACAGGCCUAUACCCAAAAACAACUACCAGCUCAAUCUGUACGAGAUAAAAAGAAGAAAUACCAGCAUCAAAAAGGUGUUCCAGAUGCAGAUUUGAUUUUUGGAAAGAAAAGAUUUCUGCAUAAAUGAAAAACCCGAAAAAUCUGUUGGGAAAAUUCAAUGUUGUUUGCGUUACUACACGUAAGGUAGAAAUGUUUGGGAAGUUUUACUACGUCGAAUAAGUUUUCGUUGUAGUGGUGCGAUAAAUUGACUUACUCGAGUGAUCUGUUGAGAAAAACGUGAAAAAAGAGGAAUAAGAAGUUUCAAGUUGAACGGACGAGAUUUCAUCUUCUGGGACUCUGGGAGUCGAUCACUGCUACGUCCAAUUGAGACAUUGUUAACGAAUUUAAAAUACGGUGAACGUUUCUUUUUCCUUCUUAUGAAAAACCAUGAUAAAUAAAUAAAACGUAAUGAUUGAAAUCAAA